AUGGGUAAUGCCGACGACGGUGAUCGUCUUCCUCCUCCGUCUUCUUCCGACGAGCUCUCCAGCAUUCUCCGGCAAAUUUUGUCCCGUACUCCAACAAUUCAACCUUCUUCGCCACCGAAGAGAAUCUUUUCCUCCGCUGAGAUGUUUGAUCGGACUUUCCCUUCCGUUUCCGAUGGAGCGGUUUCUGCCGGCGGUUAUGCAGUCGCUGAAAUUGGCGAUGAAAGAUAUGCUUUUGAAAACAAGAGAAACGGAGCUAGACAGAGAAAUUCGUUGAAGAGAAACAUUGAUGCUCAGUUCCACAACUUGUCUGAGAAGAGGAGGAGGAGCAAGAUCAAUGAGAAAAUGAAAGCUUUGCAGAAAUUAAUACCCAAUUCCAACAAGACUGAUAAAGCCUCGAUGCUUGAUGAAGCUAUAGAGUAUCUGAAGCAGCUUCAACUUCAAGUGCAGACUUUAGCUGUUAUGAAUGGAUUAGGCCUAAACCCUAUGCGAUUACCACCGGUUCUACCUCCAGCACAGACCAGGACCAACGAGGCUUUAGAGCAAGAGCUGAAUCUACAGACUCUGCUUGCUCCUCCUCCCUCGCUGCUUCACCGUGAACCACCCGAGGCAAGUCAAGAAAUGUGCUUUUCCACAACCACUCUGCUUUAA